GAAUCGAAUUCGCGCGAGUUCUCCGCAGGGGAGAGAGAUGGAAGCCCCGCCGUCGGUUUGAACCAGAUGCGGAAAUCGACACCGACGCGACAGCGGUGAGCGGAGACGAUGCGACGUUAAGAACGACCGUACAAAGCUAGAAGAGGCUAUCGAGAAAGAGAAAAAGAUAUAUAUAUAUAGAGAGAGAGAGAGAAAUUAUGCCGGACAAAAAUCCCGGCUGCCGACAUGGACAACGCGAGAACAAAGAUUUUCUUGCCGGCGAAAUAUCAUCCAUCGGCAUGUCGUUGCGGCCCAGCGGGAGCGCAUCCUCCGGUAUCUCGACCCUCGCGAGUUGCGGCGAGGUGGACGCGCUACCCGAGCUGCCGGCGCAAGAUGAGGAACGUCUGCAGCGCGCUGCGCGCCUGCUGCAACAGCGACUGGUGCUACGUCAAUGGCUGAUGGACCAUGGCCUACAUCAUUAUUAUCAGAGGUUGAUGCAAAUGGAAGUUAUGUCCCUGGAGGACGUAUACUGGGUGGAGGACAAUGCGGCACGGGCAGCCCUUGGCAAGGAUCUACCGCGAUGGACCCAGGCUAGGCAGACGUUACCCACUUCGAAAGAAGACUUGGAAACUCUCAAAGCGGAUCUGUGGAGUGCCGUUGUAAAGAACAGCCAACACCAAGACGCUUGGACAUGGGGCGGUAUGCUGGUAGUUUCCGUGUCGGUGGCAGGGCUGGUUACCCUGGCUGCUAUGACGCAGCCCGCUCUGGCACCCGAAGCGAAACACUCUCUUCUCCAGUACGUCACAGGGAAAUAUUUAUUGCCGAGUAACUGCCGCGUUCAUUUCGAGUGGGAAGAGCCUCAGCUGGUCGGCGAAACGAUGACUUUUACGGUCAAAUUUUAUCAGCGCAACGGUCAGCCGUACCCGAUAUGUGACAAGGAUAAUUUGAUCGUCGAGGUAACGGAGGAUACGCGCAGAGUGGCCACGCUAAUAGAACUGGGAGGCACCGACCCCUUAGCUGCGAAUACUGCAGUAGUAAAGUUUACUGUCCGCCAUGCGGGACAAUAUCGCAUAGCUGUACUUAUCGGAUCGUGUCACGUUCAUGGCAGCCCGUUUCUUAAGAAUUUCCUCCCCGGUCCACCGGAUCCAAACAAGACGGUCUUUGUACGACAAAGUUCCACGGUCGUUUGUACAGCUGGGAUAGCCCAUUCGAUGACAAUAGAGCCACGUGACGAAUAUGACAAUCUGUGCAUAUUUGGGCCUGGAGAACAGCCUACAGAAGGCUAUAAUGUCAAUAUUACUCAGAUCGGUAGUGUAGUAGAUAAAGGCUCGAUGGUAGACUGUAGUAUUCAGCUCGACUACGAUUCUUCAAACCAAAGGAUUCGUUUAAAAGUGAGCUUUCCGAAAGGCGGAUGUUAUCACGCAACCGUUAGCCUGGCAGGGCUGCAGCUGCAUAAUGGGGAUUUUGAUAUCAUCGUGCUCGAGAAUUCUGUCGCGAGAAUGGUGCACAAUAACGUAGCGUCCAAGGAUCCGGAUAUCUGCUACGUCGCGAAAUUGCUGGGCAUGCAAGGAGAGAGAUUUUCCAAACCGAAGAAGGUCUUUUGCUUCAUCUCGCCUAAACAGCUUACGAUUAAGGAAUACUUGUUGAAAUUUAUUCCCAAGAGACUCGUAACAUUUAGACUAUGUCCUUCGACUAAGUUUCAUUUUGAAAGUUCGACUAAUCAGCACGAGGGAUACUACCCCUUCUCGAUAGACGACGGAUGCCAGCCUCCCGUCGAACUGAUAUCGCUGUACCGUGAUAUAAUUGCCGCCACUUUCACUUUGUUUCUCUUGAAAAACAUCGGCGGUAGCGAAACGUUCGCUGACAAGCAAGACUUUUUCUAUCACGAGGUCCGUAAGCAUCACCAGAAGCACUAUCACGAGAAGCUCUCGAUGAAAGUGCAGCGUGAUAAGCUUUUGGAAUCGUCUAUGAAAGCUACUAAAGGCUUUUCCGUGAGCGAUUGGUGCCGAAAUUUCGAAAUCACUUUUCAAGGCGAGCAAGGCGUUGAUUGGGGCGGCGUGCGACGUGAAUGGUUCGAAUUGAUAUGCGCCGCGCUGUUCGACCCGGGGAACGGUUUGUUCGCGUCGUUUGGGGAAUCGCAACAGGCAUUGGUGCACCCGAAUCCCAAACGACCGGCGCACCUUAAAUUGAAGCACUACGAGUUCGCCGGGCGUAUCGUAGGCAAGUGUCUUUACGAGUCGGCGCUCGGCGGGUCCUAUCGUCAGCUAGUACGCGCGCGAUUCACCAGAUCGUUCCUCGCGCAGAUUAUAGGACUCAGAGUGCAUUACAAGUAUUUCGAACAAGAUGAUCCCGAUCUGUAUUUGAGUAAGGUGAAGUAUAUUCUCGAGAAUGACGUUGAAGAAAUGGAACUGUAUUUCGUCGAGGAGGAAUAUGAUAAGGAUGGACAACUGUUGAAGGUCGCAGAAUUAAUUCCUGGUGGCAGCAAAGUUCGAGUGACCAACGAAACGAAGCUUCGUUAUCUGGAUGCGCUCGCUCAGCAUCGGCUCGCAAGCUCCAUCCGUAACGAGGUGGAUCAUUUUCUGCGCGGUCUCAACGAAUUGAUUCCCGACAACCUCUUGGGCAUAUUUGACGAAAAUGAAUUGGAGUUGCUGCUGUGCGGAACCGGCGAGUACAGCGUGGCAGAUUUACGCGCGCAUCACAUAGCCAACGGAAGCUCACCGGAAUUUCUCCGCGUGCUCGACUGGUUCUGGACGGCGGUGAGCAAUUUCACGCAGGAGGAGAUGGCGCGGCUGCUCCAGUUCACCACCGGCUGCUCGCAAUUGCCGCCCGGUGGAUUUCAGCAGUUGAGCCCGCGCUUUCAGAUCACGGCUGCACCGACAUUUGCUAAUCUACCCACGGCACACACCUGCUUCAACCAACUCUGCUUACCCGAUUACGAGUGCUACGAUCACUUCGAACGUGCGCUGCUGUUGGCGAUCAGCGAGGGCACCGAAGGUUUCGGCAUGAUCUGAACUCCCGGGGAAAAAUCACCCGGAGUUCCGGGGAGCCAUCGAACUUCUAGUCUGACUAGAAACUGUUGGUUAAAUCAAUUUAUGUAUCCAUUUUUCUCGAUAGCGAAAAAGCCUGUUCUCUGGACGGGGGUAAAAAAGAAAAAAAAAAGAGGAAA